CUAAAGUCUUUUUUGGAGACGCAAGGUUUAUAAAACAUAAACUUAACCAUGGCCGAUGUCGAAGUUGAAGCACCCAACAACCCCGUCUUGAGCGGUGGUGCUAUGGACGCAAACACAGCCCUUCAAGAGGUGCUGAAAACCGCGCUCAUCCACGGUGGAUUAGUGCACGGUCUCCACGAAGCCGCCAAGGCUCUCGACAAGAGGCAAGCUGUUCUCUGUGUGCUGGCUGAGAACUGUGAUGAGGCUGCAUACAAAAAGCUUGUGCAGGCCCUCUGCAAUGAACACAGAAUCCCACUUGUCAAGGUUGACAACAAUAAGAAGCUUGGUGAAUGGGCUGGACUCUGCAAAAUCGACAAAGACGGCAAGGCCAGAAAGAUUGUUGGAUGCUCAUGUGUAGUCAUCAAAGAUUUCGGAGAGGAGACACCCGCCUUGGAUGUGCUGAAGGAUUACCUUAAGUCGUCAAGCUAAACAUAGGUGUAAUGUAAGAAAAUAUAAAACCCAAAAAAAUU